AUGGAGGUCCCUGCGGCUGGCCUGGCCGUCCUGCUUCUCACCGCGGCACUCUGUUCCCAGACCUCCUCUUCCUUUUUUGGUGCUGACACCCCGACCACCUGCUGCUUCUUCUAUAUCUCCCGGCAGAUUCCUCGGAAAUUUGUGGUCGACUAUUAUGAGACCAGCAGCCAGUGCUCCAAGCCUGGUGUCAUUUUCCAAACUAAAAGAGGCUGGCAGAUCUGUGCCCACCCGAGGGAGGCCUGGGUCCAGGAGUACAUCAGCGACCUGGAGCUGAAUGCCUGA